CGCACUCUCCCUCCCUCGCGCCCGCGCUCGCGCUCUCUCCCCUUCUGCUUCUCUCUCCGCCAGGAGCCGCCGAACGAUGCGAUCGCUCGCAGUCAGCGCCGCCGCCGCCCAUUAGAGACCCCCCCCGCCUGCCUUCCAACAAAAACCCUCCCGCAAGAGCAGGAUCCACCCUUUCCCCUCCCCCCCAAACCCUCUUCCUCCUCCUCCUCCUCCUCCUCCAUCAGGAAGAGCUCAGCCUUUUUUGCACCAGCCCCAGUGCCUGCCUGCAGCCCUAGCCCUGCCCGGCUCCCACUUGGAUGCAUUGAUUGCUAGAGAGAGAGGUAAAGGAGGGGAGGACAGCAAAGAAAGAAAGAAAAAAGGGGGGGACACAUUUGGUUGCCCAGAUUUUUUUUUCCUGGGGGGUGAUUUUUUCCCCCUUUCCCUCGGAGUGUCUGAGAAGGGGGGGAGGCGCCCGCCGAGAGGUGGUUUUUUUUGGGGGCCAUCAUGGGAUGUACACUGAGCGCAGAGGAGAGAGCCGCCUUGGAGAGGAGCAAAGCGAUCGAGAAAAACCUCAAGGAGGAUGGGAUCACCGCCGCCAAAGACGUGAAAUUACUCUUGCUAGGGGCUGGAGAAUCUGGGAAAAGCACCAUUGUGAAGCAGAUGAAGAUCAUUCAUGAAGACGGUUUCUCCGGAGAAGACGUGAAGCAGUACAAGCCUGUGGUCUAUAGCAACACUAUUCAGUCUCUGGCAGCUAUCGUCCGUGCCAUGGAUACCUUGGGCAUUGAAUACGGUGAUAAGGAGCGAAGGGCUGAUGCUAAGAUGGUCUGUGAUGUAGUAAGUCGAAUGGAGGACACAGAGCCCUUCUCUCCAGAGCUGCUGUCAGCUAUGAUGAGACUCUGGGCAGAUUCUGGAAUCCAGGAGUGCUUCAACCGGUCCCGGGAAUAUCAACUUAAUGACUCUGCCCAAUACUACCUAGACAGCUUAGAUCGAAUCGGAGCUCCAGACUACCAGCCAACAGAGCAGGAUAUACUUCGAACCAGGGUCAAAACCACCGGCAUUGUAGAAACCCAUUUCACAUUCAAAAACCUCCACUUCAGGCUGUUCGAUGUGGGAGGUCAGAGGUCAGAACGUAAGAAAUGGAUCCACUGCUUUGAGGACGUCACAGCGAUCAUUUUUUGUGUCGCGCUGAGUGGUUACGAUCAGGUGCUCCAUGAAGACGAAACCACGAACCGCAUGCAUGAAUCAUUGAAGCUGUUUGACAGCAUCUGUAACAACAAAUGGUUCACAGACACAUCCAUCAUCCUCUUUCUAAACAAGAAGGACAUAUUUGAGAAGAAAAUUAAGAAAUCUCCAUUGACUAUCUGCUUUCCAGAGUACACAGGCUCUAACUCUUUCACCGAAGCCGUGUCCUACAUCCAAUCUCAGUACGAGAGCAAGAACAAGUCCCCCAACAAGGAGAUCUACACGCACAUCACCUGUGCCACUGACACCAACAACAUCCAGUUUGUCUUUGAUGCUGUUACGGAUGUCAUCAUCGCCAACAACCUGCGUGGAUGCGGACUCUACUAAACCCCUCUCGCUGCUCUCCCCACGCUCUCCAGGAAACGCUCUCCCAUUCAGGUGGAAGGGUUGCUCCAUUUUUUUCCUCCAAAAGAUGAAGAUGAAGAAAUUACAUAAAUCCCCCCCCCUCCAACCCCCCCAGAACCUUUGCAGAAAAUUCUGCUUUCCCCAGGUCUCUCUCCCUCCCCUCCCCACCCCUUUUUUUUAAUCCCCUCUAUGUCUCUUUCCAUGAUUCAGUUUUAGGAUUGGCAGCCAGUGUUCAUGAUACUGUAGUGCGGACUAAUAGAGCCACUAAAAAUGUAUUUCAACUACCAAAAAAGGCUCAUUUUAAAAAAGAAAAGUCAAUUUUUCAAAGCCUUAAAAAUAUUUGGCAUCAAAGUAGCACUUUCUUUGUAAACUUGAGGGAUAUUUUUAAUUCUCAUUAUUUUUCUUUUUUUCUUUCAUUCUUUUUGGAAGCUCCAAAUGCACAGCAUUGACUUUGGAGGCACAUUCUGGCUCCAAUUUCUAUCCCAAAGCUGAAAAGAUCAGGUUAGGUGGAGUUCUGAAAUUUUGCUGAGACGGGGAAGGGCAAAAGUUUGAACGGUUAAAACAGACCGACUGAGAAUUGCUGGUGUCUUUUACUAAGAAAGACACAGUAACAGAAGCUACUAAGCAUUGUCUAAAGGCCUUUGUUGCCAAUAACAGUUUUACCUCACGCUUUCAAAAUUAAUGUUGAAAAUAUUUCUCUAGCAUGUUUUCAAUAACCCAUUUGUUACGCUAAGUCUAACCUUGUUCUCUUUGCUUGAUAGUACAGAGCUACUGUACUGUAAGUGGGCAGUUUCUGGGCAUUCAUGUUAACAACACUCAUGGAAUGAGACAUUAGUGGCAAGAACUGUCCUGCACAAAGGUUUUGAGUAGUGUACAUUUCCUAGUCUAGCUAAAGGAGUACGGAUGUGGAUGGAGUCAUUCCUCAGAAGGGAGAGAGAGAGAGAGAGAGAGAGAGUGUGGGUGUCGGACUGGCAGGCAUCAAGGGGCACUUUAAAGGUCCCUCAGAGGUGACCAAGGCGCAAGAGACAUUGGGAUCAAUUUCCGCCUGCAUCUGAGCUCUGUUAAAUGCAGGGUUCUCUAGGAGCUAGUUAAGACUUCCUGAUGCAGUGCCAGCCUGGCCCAAACUUAUGCCAUUGGCCUAAGGGCCCUGAGGGGUUUUAGGCCAGCAGAAGAUUAGCAUGGAGAAGGCAUGCCCCACCAUGCCCUCUCCCCUCUCCUAUGUGGGUGCAGGGGAAGGUGGCUGGCAAAGGACCCAUCUGUGCCAGGUUUGCAUUAGCAGGAAGUUUCCCUUCUCAAAGGGACAUUUCUAAAUGAAAUCCGUCCACUUUGCCCUACAUGAGCAGUACAAAGUGUACAGAGCAGACCAGAGACUGUGGCCCACAACCAGAAGUAAGCAUCCCAUCUCUGGCCCCAUAGGGGGUUGGGGGGAUGCCAUAAUUCAGUCUCUUUUGGGACACCAGGUUUUCUAAGGCUAGGCAUGAGUACGUGUGUGUGUGUGCGUGGUGGGGGGCGGAAAUCAGCCUGCUUUGUGCGUUGAGCAUGUGUGUGU